AUGGAAACAAGACGAGAGGCUGCAUCCCACCCAUCCCAAAUUUUGGAGAUCACUUCCAUACGUCAAGAACGUCUCGCACCAGUUACACACAGACCGGGUGUAACCAUCAGUCACGAGGAGGCGAAACCAAAAGACCCUCUGCCACGGCAAGAAACAUCUGGAGUCACUCACUGGAUCUGGUACAAUUGCAAACAGAGCAACUACCUCGGAGAAACCGAAAAAAUGCUGCGGACCCGAACAGCCAAACGCACAGCAGCGGUGCGGACGAAUGACGUCAGCUCUCGAGUCCUGGCUAGUUCGACGGAACCCAGCCACACAUCCGAGUUCGAUAAGGCUGAAAUUGUUGCGAGGGUUGGUAAUUGCGUGAACCUCGAGCUGCUUGAGUCACGACUAAGUAUUCCCCAGUCUAGUAACAGGCGGAGUGAUCUACCCCAUCUAUAUUCAGUGCUGGGACUAGGUCUGAGCGGAAUAAUUAACCAGGCGGGGAUCGUGCAGGCGCGGUCUGUUUCGAGCACCAGUGUCGGUGAGCUGAAUGACGGAGUAAUUAUCAUGCCAAAAUCCGAUCGUAGGGAUGAUAAGAUGGUGGCGAUCAACGACUUGGAUGUUGGCCAUCAGGCAGUGGUGGUACCAAGGACAGCAAUCUGUGAUGAAGGGGUGAGCGAUUAA